GUUACUAUGGUGAUGUCAGUCAGAAUGGCUCCUCCUCUUUCUCUGAUCUUUCUACUCAUGAUUUACGGGGUUUCUAUUGCUGGUUGGGGUGUGAGUUACAGUCCUUCACACAUCUGUGCACUAAAGGACUCCUCAGUGAUAAUGAACUGUACUUAUACAUACCCUACUGGACAUCAGAUAAUGACAACGUUCUGGACCAAAAACCCUAUAAAAGUGGAUGAAGAGCAUCCAGAUCUAUCCGAGGACCCUGAAUACAGUCAGAGGCUUCAGUAUCUGGGAGAUAAACAGCAGAACUGCACCAUCAGACUGAGUCAUGUGACACAGAAAGAUGCACACGAGUACUAUUUCAGAUUCACAGCUGACAAACCUGAUGGCAAAUGGAUUGGUAAACCUGGAGUGACUCUUGCUGUCACAGAUCUUCAGGUGGAGUCUCCUGAGAGAGUGACAGAGGGAGAUUCAGUCCGUCUGACAUGUAAAAGCAGCUGCGCUCUGACUGACGGAGCAACAUUCAUCUGGUACAGAAACUCACAGCCAUUAACUGAGAGAAGAGACAGAAACAAUCAACUCCUGCUGCAGUCAGUCAGAAGAGAGGAUGCAGGCAGAUAUAGCUGUGCUGUAUAUGGACACAAUCUCACAUCACCUGCCAUGAAGCUCAAUGUGACAUUUACACCCAGAAAUGCGUCAGUAUCCAUCAGUCCAUCUGGUAAAAUAAUGGAGGGAGAUCCUGUGACUCUGAGCUGCAGCAGUGAUUCAAACCCACCUGCAGAUAUCAGCUGGUUUAAAGGAGGAAUGUUUGUAGGAUCUGGAAGAAUCUACAGCAUCUCAAAGGUCACCUCUGAUCACAGUGGAGAAUACAAGUGCAAGUCCAUCAAUGAACAUGGGCAGACAGACUCUGAUGCUGUGACUUUAAACGUCUUGUAUCCUCCCAGGAGCAUCUCAGUGUCUAUAAAUAGAUCUGGUGAAAUAGUGGAGGGAGAUUCAGUGACUCUGAGCUGCAGCAGUGAUUCAAACCCACCUGCAGAAAUCAUCUGGUUUAAAGGAGGAACAACUGUAGGAUUUGGAAGAAUCUACAGCAUCUCAAACGUCAGCUCUGAUCACAGUGGAGAAUACAAGUGCAAGUCUAUUAAUGAACAUGGAGAGAAAUACUCUAUUGCUGUGACUCUAAACAUAAUGUACCCUCCCAGGAGCUUAUCAGUGUCCAUCAGUCCAUGCUGUGAAAUAGUGGAGGGAGAUCCAGUGACUCUGAUCUGCAGCAGUGAUUCAAACCCACCUGCAGAAAUCAGCUGGUUUAAAGAGGGAACGUUUGUAGGAUCUGGAAGAAUCUACAGCAUCUCAAAGAUCAGCUCUGAUCACAGUGGAGAAUACAAGUGCAAGUCCAGAAAUAAACAUGGAGAGAAAGACUCUGAUGCUGUGACUUUAAAUGUCAUGUAUCCUCCCAGGAACAUCUCGGUGUCCAUAAAUAGAUCUGGUGAAAUAGUGGAGGGAGUUUCAGUAAUUCUGAUCUGCAGCAGUGAUUCAAACCCACCUGCUCUGAACUUCAGCUGGUUCAAAGGAGAAAUGAUUGUAGGAUCUGGAAGAAUCUACAGCAUCUCAAAGAUCAGCUCUGAUCACAGUGGAGAGUACAAGUGCAAGUCCAGAAAUAAACAUGGAGAGAAAUACUCUGAUGCUGUGACUUUAUGUGUAAUGUCAGCCAGAUGGAUUUUGUGGUUUAAAGCUUUUGGUGUUGGUGUGGCUGUUGGUGGUGUUGUUUUUGGAGCAUCAGUGUACAUUUGUCUUACUAAAAAGAUGAACAGAAGAUCUGCUAUGAAGGACUCUACGAACUCUGAUCCCAAUGAAGAUGCAAAUCUGUGCAGCACUUUCGACGAGCUGUAACCAAGCCUGAUUGCUGCGUCGCCUCCAGAACACCAUUCACUGAAUUGAUCUACAGUUCUAAUACAUAUUAUGUUCAUAUAUUGAUAAUUAUAUGUGAAUUUAUUAUAUAUGGGUUAUAUUUUCUUAAAAUACAUUUGUUGUUGUUUAAGGAUAAAUGUAGAAAAAUGUAAUGCAGUUUAAUUGGGUGAGAAAACUAAACUAAUAAUUCAAGACAUAUCUGGAAUUUGAUAAAUUCAUGUUGUUGUAAUUGUAAGGAAUUUUCUUUUUUUCUUUCUUUUUUCGGAGGAUGAUUAAACAACUCCACAAUCAGCAUCACCAGCUUCAUGCAUGACUACCUAAGUUGACUUUAUUUCUGUCAGACGACUACAGAAGAUCAUAUUGAGAAGGUUUAGAGGUUGAUGUUUUAUUGACAAUAUUUUGUUUAACCCAUUAUGGUGACUAUGGUCACCUUUAUUUUACCCUUCACUUUUUUAACAUUAGUUUUUUUUUUUUUUUCUGACUGUUAAAAUGUGUUUUUAAAUCACAUUUGUUUAGGUGAUGACAUAAUCAUCAUGUAAUAAUCUGAUUCAUUGAUCUCAUUCAGAAUCUUUUCUCAUUAUAUGGGUGAUGUGUUAUUCAUUUUGUUAUAAUCCCAUGAAAUCAAAACACAAGCAACUAAAGUCACAACAAAAACAAUAGUCAAAAAAGUAGGAAUUUAGCUGCAUUAUUUGUUCACGUCAGAGUGUGUGCUGGGAGCCAUGGAUGAAGCUUUGUAUUGAUUGUGCCCGUUGUUGAGAUUUAUAUGCUGAUUAUUAAUGUCUUUGUGUGCCCAAAUUAAGGGUGUGUAUAUAUUUCUUUUUUUCCCCAAAUUGAUCAGUGUUGUUGUUUCAUUGGUUGCUGUUGUUGAUGUGUCUUGUUGUCUGUGUGUGUGUGUGUGUGUGUGUGUGUGUGUUUGUAAGUGUGUAUACUGUAGGAGCAGGUUUUGAGUGUGGCUAAGUUAGCUUAAUGUUUGACAUUCAGAAUAACACCUAUUUAUCUCUGUGUAUUUCCCAUUAUGAAGUCAAACCAAUUGAGGCAUAUGUACAUGCACAAGCAUAAUUUACAUAACACAAAGCUUAAAUUAGAAUAAAACAUAAUACAAUCUAUAUACAUUAAAUAAUUUAACACACCAGUUCAUGGAAUAUACAUUUUGUUUAUUUUGUAAAUAUUUUCAGUUGUUAUUUACAGCUGAUGCACAUCAAUGGUGACCUCUGUUGGUAGUUUGAGGGUUUGUACAAACAUAUAUGAGAGGAUCACAAAUAAAACUGUGGGGGAAAGUUACAGAAACACUAAAGACAGAAUAACAGAAGGUGAUAAUAUCAAGGACUUUGAGACCAUAAAAUGAUACAUUGUCCACUGCGAAGCUGCACAAUUAUGAUUUUGUUCAGUAUUGCAGGGUAAAAUGAUCAAUUCUGAUUCAAAAGCAGUAUAAUGCUGUAUAAUGCGAAAUCAGUUAGAUUGUAUCCAACUACGUUUAUAUUUAUUAUAUCCAAUAAUGAUCCACCAGCUUUUUACAUUACUUUAAUGCCUCUGUUACAUCAUGUUUCUGAAACUAUGAAUAAAUAAAACAUUUAAGUGAAUCAACA